AUGGACAUUGUUAGCAAAGCAGUACAGAGUUUAAAUCCUGGUCAGGUGCCCAUUAUCACUGCAGAUCAACCUCUAUACACAAUUGCAAAGCAAAUCCAGUGGAACUGGCCAGGAACCCAUGGUGAGGAUAAGUUUGUGGUGAUGUUGGGGGGACUGCACAUUGAAAUGGCAGCUCUGAUGGCCAUAGGAAAUCUCUUAGACGGCAGUGGAUGGGGAAGUGCUCUAGUACAAGCCGGUGUUGCUACGCCUGGGACGGCUGAUUCAUUUUGUCGCGUUACCCAUGUGACACGUACUAGAAGAGCCCAUCAGAUCACGGCUGGCAGUCUGUUUGUACUUCUUGAAAAGGCUUAUUCUCAGUAUCUUGUCAGUCUGAGCGACUACCAGAAUCCGCUGUCAUUAGAAGAGUGGUGUUCGCACAGUGCAGAGCUUUAUCCACAGUUCAAGUUCUGGUUGCUUAUCCUGCAGAUGCAAUUGGCCGUAUUGAUCUACAUUAGAGCUAUUAGAGAAGCUGACUUCGAGCUGUACGUUGACGCACUCACGCAAAUUGUUCCGUGGUUCUUUGCUCUAGACCAAAUUCACUACGCUAGAUGGAUCCCUGUUCAUUUACGGGACAUGGUUACACUGAAAGACGUUCAUCCAACUGUUUUUGCUGAGUUCAUGAAAGGAAAUUUUGUUGUAAAGAAGACAGAACGCAGAUUCUCGGCCAUAGCAAUUGAUCAAGCGCAUGAACAGAACAAUGCUUCUGUGAAAGAUGACGGAGGAGCUGUUGGCUUAACGGAAAAUCCGGCUGCAUUGCGGCGGUGGAUGGUAUCUGGACCAGAGAUGGCCAGAGUUAUUGAAGAGUUUGAAGCAUCAACAGAGAAGAGAAAAUGUUUAGAUUUCCGUCAUCAUGAGGAGGCCAAACACGUGCAGAAAAAAUUUACACAAAAUGUUAAAGAUCUCGCCAAAGCCAUCGAAGAAAUGGGAAAUCCAUUCACCGAGAACAGCAACGAUCUUCUUGUUCUGGACAGUAGAGACCUUGCAGAUCCAGCCAUUAUUGAUUCUGUUCGUAAAAUUUAGAAAUUGGGACAAGAGCAGUAUGACAUCUAUGUAGGAGAGAGGCUAGUCAAUCAAACAAAGUCCGUCUGGAAGCCUAUCAAGAAGAACAAUUUGGCACUAUUUAGCCGACCUCCAAUCCGACAAAAGACAAAGUCGCAGCUACAGCUUGCUUCCCUGAAAAAUGACUGCUCCCUCUUUUCACGUCUUUACGUUGCAUCACAGGUCCGCAAUGGGAAUCUUGAUGAAUUUUUCAAGCAUGAGAAUCAGGCAUACCCUCCAGCAUUAUCACAAAAUGGCAAGCUGAGAACCGGUACUAAGUCUGACCUUGUUAGUUGUCUGGAAGAACUGGUUAAUUCCCGCGAGAAUGCCACUCAUCCCAUUGUGGAAGUUAUCAUCCUCGAUGGCUCUGUCCUUGUAAACAUGCUUCGACCAGGUUCAGCAAAAACUUUCUCGGAUUAUGCUUCGCAAGUUUUUCUUCCAUACGUAGCGUCCCAGCUGCAGCAAGCAAGUAGAGUUGACAUCGUUUGGGAUGAGUACCGCCCUGACAGUUUGAAAGCUGAAACGAGGGUUAAGAGAGGAAAGGGAGUUCGAAGACGCGUAAAGGCUUCAACACCAAUUCCAGCACACUGGCAAGAGUUUUUGCGCACUGAUGAAAACAAAGUAGAACUGUUUAGUUUUCUAGCAAAAAGAGUGCCAUGCAUCGAAACCGAAAAGCAAGUUCUCAGCACUAUUCAGUCUGAUGUAGUUUGCACUCAGUCAAAAAAUGUUUCGAGGCUUACCCCAUGUACACACGAAGAGGCAGAUACCAGGAUCAUCUUGCACUUGGAGGACGCUGUCACUGAAGGAUUUAACAAAAUAUCCAUUCGUACCGUUGACACCGAUGUAGUGGUUUUGGCAGUGGCAGCAGCACAGCGCCACAGAAACACUGAAAUCUGGAUCGCUUUUGGUACAGGAAAGAGUUUCCGCUUUCUGGCCGCUCAUGAGAUGGCUAGAAUACUGGGACCAGACCGAUGUAUUGCCUUGCCGAUGUUCCACGCCUUUACUGGGUGUGACACUGUUUCAUUUUUUGGAGGAAGAGGUAAACGAACUGCCUGGGACACGUGGAGAUCCUACAACGAUAUCACAUUGAUAUUCGUCUCUUUGGCAAACACCCCAGAGUCUGUGGAGAGCUCAGUUACAUCACUGGAGCGAUUUGUGAUUUUGCUGUAUGAUCGCACCAGCAGCCUAGAAGACAUCAAUCAGGCCAGGAAACACCUCUUUGCGCAAAAAGGGAGGUCGAUCGAAAACAUUCCACCGACGAAAGCAGCCCUGGUACAGCACAUCAAGCGGGCAGUCUAUCAAGCUGGUUAUUGCUGGGCACAAGCGACGACUUCAAGCCCUGAUCUCCCAUGCCCUAGUGAAUGGGGCUGGAAAAGAAAGGAGCCAUGCAGCUGA